AUGAGUCAACCCCUGCUGCUGCACUAUAAGAGGUCCUGAUGGAGCUCCAGCAGCGUGCACUCUGACUCACCGACCGACAGAGCCAGGACCACGGAAAGCGAAGGUCUUCUCUGUACUCCAUAGUCUACACAUCGGGAAUAUGGAGCGCCACCAUCUGGCCCUUCUCCUCCUCUGUCUGCUCGGGGGGUUCAGCUCGGCCCGAGCCUACCCCGCCUCCAGAGAGUCCGUGACGUUGAGGGCGAACGUCAAGAUGAACGCAGAGCAGCUGGUGAUCAGACUGGACCAGUACCUGAAGCGGCUGUCCCUGGAGGAAUGGAGCCAGAGCCUGAGCGCCAGCCCCCCCUCGGACCCCAUGGACGGCCUGGCCUCCCUGGUCCUGGUGCUGGACGGCUACGAGAGCGUGAUCUCCGAGAGGCUGGAGGGCCUGGCCCAGGUGAGGCAGGAGGUGUCCUCGCUCAGGGGCUACCUGGAGGACUGGCGGGGCGGCCACUGCGGCGGGCCCCCCCGGACCAAGCCGGCCCCCCAGGGCCGGCUGGCCCGGCUCCAGGGCUACAAGGAGUACCCCCAGACGGUGGGGCUGGAGGGCGUGGUGGGGCUGAAGGACUACCUGGUCCACCUGCUGAAGCACCUGGACCUCCUGGGGGCGUGCUGAGGCAGCCGAGGGCGGGCUCUGCCUGCUGCGCCUCUGUCCGAUUGGUCGAUGGUUUUAUUUAAGGUUUGUGGAUCAAACCUAUAUUAAUAAUGCUGGACCGAAAUUUCCGAGAAUAAUGUUUUAAUACGUUUUUUUAGUAUUUAUAUAUUUUUUAUGGAAAAAAACAAGAAAAGCAGACUUUUUACAGCAGGGUGUACGUGUAGCAAUAACAAUUGAUUUUCAUAUUCUCCAAAUGAAAUGUUUACGAACUGGUAAUAGGGUUAUUUUUUACAGAAAAUAACCUUGCUUGGAAUUGCGUUGUGCAAAUCCCUUUAUAUAUAUAUAUAUAUAUAUAUAUAUAUACUUAGUACCAACUCAGUUAUGAGUCACAUUUGCCUGCCGUCAGGUUUUAACAUGCCAAGCCAAGUGUUUCCAUGUACUCUAUGACAAGAAAAGCCUUUACCUGCCUCCUAUAUUUUCAUUGCCUCAAAAGACUUUUAAGACUUAGCGAUCUAUUUCCCACCUAUAUAUGCAACAGGAAAACGAAUAAUGUCAUGUAUAAAGAUAUAUAUUUUUCUUAAUAAUUGUAAGUGUUAUGUGAUGUGUAUCUUUUAAAUUGUAUUUAAAAUAAAUAUAGGUCAAUAUAUUAAA